AUGUCUCUCCUCUCCCAGCCCCGCCCCGUGCACCCGCGCGAGCGCCUCGCCCUCUUCACGCACAGCAGCAGCAGCAGCCUGUCGGCCGCGCUCGAGGCGUCGUCGCCGCUCGACAUCACGCGCACCAAGGCCAUCCAGGAGACGCUCGAGGCCCCGCCGCCGUCGCCCGUCGACUUUGGCCGCAACGGCUUCCACCAGCCGCACCAGCAGUCGGCCGAGGAGCUGUGGGCCGCCGCGAGAAGGCGGCUCGACGAGGAGGUCGGCGUCGUUGGCGCGUGA